UUUAACAGGAGGAGUGCGCGCGGGGGGCGGGUGGAAAUAAUCCCAGUCGCAGACUGGAGCUCGAGAAGCAAGUCGCACUGUGUGCAGCUGUCGCUCGUGCGCGUUCUGCUGGAUUCAGAUCAGUGCUACAGCAGGGAGGCAGAGCAGGCCAGUCUCUACAUCACACGGAUUUGUGCGGUUCAUUUCAGCUGUAAACCAGGGCGCAGUAUGGGAGGUAAACUGAGCAAGAGAAAGAAGGCGUAUGACGUAACCGACCCGAAGGACAGAAAGGACGAGAGUCCGGUGGUCGAAGCAGCUGCUGAGGUCCCCUCUGAGGCCGGGGUCCCCUCUGAGGCCGAGGUCCCCUCUGAAGCCCAGGUCCCCUCCAAGGCAAGCCAGCAUGUAGCCACAUGUCCUGCAGUAGCGCAGGUGGAUGAGGAGAUGUCUGCUGUUGGAGGUUCAGCUGGGACCCCUGUUGAGGAGACCACCUUACCUACACCCCCCCCACAGCUGCCCCCGUCUGCUGAUGCUGAAGGAGUACAGGAUACAACUGCCCUGGUGGAGGUUGUAGAGACCGUACCUGCCCCAAAGGAGACUACAGCUGCCCCAGAGAAGACUGCAACUGCCCCAGUAGAGGACACGGGUAUCUCAGUGCAGAUUGUACCUGCCCCAAAGGAGACUACAGCUGCCCCAGAGAAGAUUGCAACUGCCCCAGUAGAGGGCACAGGUGCCUCAGUGCAGAUUGUACCUGCCCCAAAGGAGACUACAGCUGCCCCAGAGAAGACCGCAACUGCCCCAGUAGAGGACACGGGUGCCUCAGUGCAGAUUGUACCUGCCCCAAAGGAGACUACAGCUGCCCCAGAGAAGACCGCAACUGCCCCAGUAGACGACACGGGUGCCUCAGUGCAGAUUGUACCUGCCCCAAAGGAGACUACAGCUGCCCCAGAGAAGACCGCAACUGCCCCAGUAGAGGACACGGGUGCCUCAGUGCAGAUUGUACCUGCCCCAAAGAAGACUACAGCUGCCCCAGAGAAGACCGCAACUGCCCCAGUAGAAGACACGGGUGCCUCAGUGCAGAUUGUACCUGCCCCAAAGGAGACUACAGCUGCUCUAGAGAAGAUUGAAACUGCCCCAGUAGAGGACAUGGGUGCCUCAGUGCAGAUUGUACCUGCCCCAAAGGAGACUACAGCUGCCCCAGAGAAGACAGAAACUGCCCCAGCAGAGGACACAGGUGCCUCAGUGCAGAUUAUACCUGCCCCAAAGGAGACUACAGCUGCCCCAGAGAAGACUGCAACUGCCCCAGUAGGGGACACGGGUGCCUCAGUGCAGAUUGCAUCUGCCCCAAAGGAGACUACAGCUGCCCCAGAGAAGACUGCAACUGCCCCAGUAGGGGACACGGGUGCCUCAGUGCAGAUUGCCUCUGCCCCAAAGGAGACUACAGCUGCCCCAGAGAAGAUCGUGACCACCCCAAUAGAGGUUGCAGCUGCCCCAAUUGAAGUUGUAAUGCCUGUACCUGCCUCAGAGAAAUCUGCUACUACCUCAGUGGAAGCUAUGGCUGCCACAGAAGAGAUUGUAGCUACCCCCAAUGGUCAAGUAUUGGCCCCAGUAGGACCUGUAACUGGCCCUGAAGAGCAAACAUCUGCUCCAGUGGAGAUUGUAGACAGUUCAGUAGAGACCCAAGGGGAGCCAGUGACUGUCCCAGUAAAGCCUGUAUCUACACCAGUGGAGUGCAUUAAUCCUCCACAGCUAACAGCAGAACCCAAGACCAUGCCAGAAGAAUCAGCAGAAAAGCCAGAAAAUCCUACACUGGAUGAGCCCGGUAAUGAACCCCAGGGGCCCAUGACUACAGCAGAAGAACCUGUAGGUACACCAGAAGAAGUUGCAGUGAAGCAAGUAAAGGAAGCAGUCCAGGUUUUAAGUGCUGUGGGAGACGAAGACGUGUCAGCUGAGAUGACAGAACCAGAGCUAGAACCAGUACCAGAGGCAGGAGAGGCAGCAUCUGAGCCUGAGUCACAGACUGUGGCCUUAACCCCAGCAAAGGUAGAACCAGCACCUCUUGGGCCAGAACAGCCUUUACCCACCCCAGAGCCUAAACCCGAGCCCACCGCUGCCCCUGAGCCCACCGCUGCCCCUGAGCCCACUGAAACAGAAGCAAAGCCAGGCAGUGCAAGUAUUGAAGCACCAGCCACAGAAGAGCCCAUUCCUGAGAUUAUCAUUUCAGAAUCAACCUCGACCAAUGAUCUGUCUGCCGAGGAAGCUAGCUCUGCCCCUGGCUCCCAUCAGGAGAUGGUUGGUAACGGAGAGUGUGAGAGUCCUGGCUCAGCCGACUCCGUGGAAGAUGCAGGGCCCAAAGUUAACGGGGGUUUUCAGAAGCUGGUUCCUGCUGAUGACCCCGUCUGUGUCCCAGAGCCUCCUGCCCAGGAGUGUGUGAAUGGGGAGACUGGGCAUCUGGAGCAGGGUGGACUCAAAAAGGACUUGAACCUGUCUGCAGCUGCUGAAGUGGAGGGUGUGGGCCUGGUGGAGACCCUCAGUGCCACGGCCAGCCAGGCUGUUGACACAGUGUGAAAAAAUACACUUACAAACCUGAAUACUGAUGCAAAUGACAAAAAAAACUCCAAGUCCCUCUGACAACACAGGCUGUCAGGAGAUAAACAUGUGAAAUGCCUGUUGCGGUAACUCGGGCGAAAGGAAAAAGAAAUGCAACCACUCCAGAAAGCAGAGAAAGAAAAGCAGAGACAAUUACAGAGACUGGG